AUGUCGGUGGUACCUUGGGGUGUUGGUCAUGGGAUCAGAUACAUAGAGCAUUUUGGUCAAGUGCAAAGGUUGAGUGGUGGGGAUGCCAUUCUCAAAGCUAGCAUACCCAAGUCUGGAAUAGAACUUAUGGAAAUUGUGCUAUUCUCUGGCAGGGAUUGCGACACGUUUCUGUCCAAUCGUCUCAUCGAGAUGUAUGGAAAAUUCGGGAGCUUACAGCGCGCGCGCGAGAUCUUCGAUUCCAUCCGCCACAGGAACUUCUUCUCUUGGACGCUCCUCCUCUCUGCGUAUGGCCGGAACGGCGAUCUGGGCCGCGCGGAGGAAGUCUUUCGCGCGAUGCCAGAAUGGAAUUGCUUCUCCUGCACAGAGAUGAUUGCUGCGUAUGCAGCGAGCGGUAAUCUCCACCGAGCAGAAAUGGUAUUCGCUGAAAUGCCGCUGCGAGAUUUGAUCUCCUGGAACACUGUGCUUGUUGCUUAUGCCAGAAGCGGGGAUCUUGAGAAGGCGAGAAAGAUCUUUGAUUCUCUUCCAGAACGGAAUGUCGUAUCGUGGACGUCAAUCCUAAACGCAUACGCACAGAAUGGCAACCUGGAUGUAGCGGCCAGGAUGUUUGAUAAGAUUCCAGGGUGGAAUCUCGUGUCAUGGAAUGCCAUGCUUGCUGCAUAUACCCAGAAUGGCCAAAUAGCGAAAGCUCACUUGCUGUUCAAUUCCAUGGCGGAAAGAGAUGUGAUCUCGUACAACACAAUCCUGACCGCAUAUGGCCAAUUCGGCCAUCUUUCCGAUGCGGAAGAUCUCCUGACCAUUAUGCCUGGCCGGAAUAUCGUCUCCUACAAUGCGAUACUGGCAGCGUACAUCCAAACCCGGAAUCUGGAAAAGGCGAGGGUCCUCUUCGUCUAUUACAUUCCGGAGCGGAAUUUGAUCUCUUGGAACUCGAUAUUGUCCGCAUAUGCCGAUCUCGGGCAUCUGGAAGAAGCUACUCAUUUGUUUGAAGCGAUGCCAGAGCGUGAUCUGGCGUCUUGGAACUCGAUGCUGGCAAUGCACAUCCGGAUCGGCGAUGUCGAGCAGGGCAAGCGAUUCUUCGAUCAGAUGCCCCAUCACAAUCUCAUCGCUUGGAAUUCGAUGCUCUCGCUGUUCGCGCAGCACGGGCAUCUCUACCAGGUCCUGUGUCUGUUCUAUGCGAUGCCUCUGCGAGAUGUGGUCUCCUGGACGGUAGUAAUCUCCGCCCAAAUCCAUAGGCGCCAAUUCCAGGAAGCGCGAUCGAUGUUCUUGGCAAUGCCGCGGCACGAUCUCGCCUCGUGCACGGCCAUGGCAGCUGCGUGCGCUGAUGCUGGAGAUUUGGAUCGAUUCGAGCAAAUCCUGGAAGAAAUUCGUGGGCAGCAAGAGCAGCUCGAUCUCGUCAGCUGGAACACCAUACUGAAUGGCUACUCGCAACUAGGUCUUAUAGACGAGUGUAAAAGAAUCUUUGAGAAGAUGCUCGAGCGUGAUCUAGUCACCUGGAAUGUAAUGCUUACUACAUAUGCCCGGGCUGGGCAUCUUGAUGAUGCUGGGAGAGUGUUCGCUGACAUGGCAGAGCGUGACCAGGUGACGUGGACGGCCUUGCUGGCAGCCUACGUCGCCAACAACAUCCUGGAUGCCGCGGUGGCGCUGUUUGAUAGCAUGCCGGAAAGGCACCCGUACACGUGGAAUGCGAUGCUAGCAGGAUAUGCCCGGAACGGGCAUUUAGAUCAAGCCAAGAAUCUCUUUGAUGCGAUGCCUGAGAGCGAUAUUUUUGCGUGGAAUACGCUUCUUGGCGGAUGGGGAGCGAUGGGUGAUGUUGCCAGCGCCCAAUCGUUUUUUGAUUCAAUGCCAAUCAGAGAUGGAGUUUCGUGGACAGCGAUUCUCUUAGCAAAUGCCCGGAAUGGGGAGUUGCAUACUGCUAGCAAACUCUUCGAUCGAAUGCCCGAGAGAGACGCCAUAGCAUGGAGCGCGGUGCUUGGAGCACACGCCACAGCCAGAGAAUCGCGAGUAGCGCUGGGCGAUCUGUUUGGAGCGAUGGCGGUGGAAGGAAUGGAUCCAGACGAGAGCUGCUUCACCUCUUGCCUGAUCUCGUGCAGCCGGAGGGGCGAAUCUAAGCGCGCGAGAGUUUGCUUCUUGUCGAUCAGUGGCGAUUUCUUCGCGGCGCCCACGAUCCAGCACUACUACUGCAUUGUGGAUUUGCUGCAUCGUGGAGGAUUGGGCUUUGAGGCUCAAGAACUUCUCACCACCAUUGCCCAAGCUCCAGUUCAAAUAACUUCACCAAUCGUGGAGGAGAACUUGAUCAUAUGGAUUUCUUCCACUGGGAGCCGUGUCAAUUGCCGAUCAAUGGACAUUCAAUGCGAGACAAAAGUCUUCGCACGUAAAUUUUGA